UGGUCAAAAUACCUAUUUGAUAUUCCAAGAGUGCGACUUAACCAGACUAGAAAUGCUCUGCAAGUCAAGGGACUCAAAAUGGGGAAUGACCUUCCCAAUCAUGUCAAAGACUGUACCUCUCUCAACCCGUUUAAGUGAAAAACUAAGUACUGCCUAAUAAACUCCAUGCAACCUUCCUUACCCAGUUAAAUAUGAUCCUGUCUUCCUAUUUUCAAACAAUAUUGAUUAUUGACCAACUUGUAUAAUUGCAUCCGCCAUGUAUAAACAAAUAAAAUUGUAGUCAUCUGUUUAUUUAGUUAAAAUUACUUAUGCUGUUUUGUUUCAAUUUAUGCUUCUCCAUACUUCAUGUAAUUAUUAUAAUUUUUUUUUGUUUUCUCUUUUUCAAUUUAAUUUAUGCUUUGAUCUCAAUUAGUUUAAGUUUUAGUCUAAGUGUUUACCCCACUUAUCAUGCCCGAAACGCUGUGCGUAUUAGUGGCUUUAGGCAUAGUAUUUACUAGUUCUAUCUAGAAAUAAAACAUUGUAACUCAUUUUGAGUGUACUGUAUGUACUUUUACCUGAAUAAACAGACAAUCCUCGUGGCGCAGUGGUAAAGCACUUGCCCGGCGUGUCGCGAGCGCCUUGGCCUGCGCCAAUCAUUACUGUGUACUGUUGGUUGGUUGUUUACCACUGCAGGGUGACUGUUUUUCAGUCUCAGUAUGGAGACUUACGUGCCGCCACUAUGGAGGAAGGACUCGGCUGGGCUGACAUUUACCUGUCGGGUGGAUAUUGGCGUCGUCAACAACAGUGUUUGCAGUUAUGGGUGUGAAAGUGGGAGAUCUCGUCGGUCUACAGGUUGUUCGUGACGACAGAGUGGUUGUGAAGUUCGCCGAGAGUGGCUUGUGCCGGAGGUUUCUCGACCAGUAUGAGGACAAGGUGGUGAGGCUGAGCAACGGUCUUGGCUCUGUGACUGUGACGAAUUUGAGUGUGGAGUACACAUACGUGUCUAUUAAGAAUGCGCCGUUUGAAAUGUCUGAGGAUCUUCUCCGUCGGGCUCUUGCUAGGUAUGGGCGUGUGGACUCUAUUCGUGCCUGUAGAUACACAACCGGGGACGUCAAGGGACUCGGUAAUGGUUACAGAACGGCUAAGAUGGUUCUUCCUGAGAAUGUGCCUUCUUCUCUCACGCUUGCUGGCUUUACUGUCUGCUUCUCCUACCGUGGGCAGACUCGGACGUGGUUUAAAUGUGGACAUUUGGCUGCUGCCUGUGACACUCUGAUGUAUGAUCGGAUUAAUGUGUUUCAUGAAGCGGAUUUUCCUCCCUUGCCCGAGCGUGAGGAUGUCUCGGUUGUGGAUGGUACCCCUUGUGAGAGGACGGACGUGGUGAUGGGUGCUGCUCCGGUAAGUGCGAUUGGUACUAUUGAUACUAAGAAUGUUGUAACAUCCAUUAUAAACAACAUUAUUAAUGCAAGAGCAAAAGUUUGUCUCAUUUGUAUGGAUACCAUCUCACACAGGUGUUGUCGAGCAUAAUGACACAGACAAGGCAGUUAAACCUGCAUGUGAUAAGCUGGAGAUCAAGUUGGAUAUGGGCAUUACAAUCUUUGCCGUAAAAGCCGCAAUAUUUCAGGAAAUUAGGGGAAGACAGAAGACCAGUUACUGACACAUAAAAGCCAGAAAACGAGUAUAAAAACUUGUGUUACAACGAGUAUAAAUUACACAUUUAGAACCGAGAAUUAUAUGUACGGGCAGCACUAAAGAUCCACUAGACAGUGUGACUUUAUAAUUGCCAGAAUUAGGCUGGGAUAUCGAUAUCUAUGGCAGGUAGCUGCAGGUAAUGAAUCCCCCCCAAAAUGAACAUUCCAAUUGUUAAACUAUGUGAACAAGAGCUGGGACAUACUCUGCAACACUACAUAUGUGAUUGCCGUUAUCAGUGACUUCAGACCAAAUAGUAUGAGGUACUUUGAGCUCUGUAGUUACUUCAUACACUUAGGUAUAUUGGAAGAUAUUCUUGUGCUGUACCCAGGGUGUGCUAGUGGAGGCUAAUAGAGAUUUACAUUUCAUGUUCUCUCCUGAUUCCAUUUAUGACUGGCCGGCCUGUGAUGUAUUGAUGUUGCAUGAGCUUGUAGCUGUUUUUUUAUCUACACUGUAGAUAAAAGUAGAUAAAGUUAAAGGGUUGUAAUACUGGGUAAAUCCGGUCUUCUUACACUAGACCGCGGCGGUAACUUUAUGGUCAGGAAGCCACAAAUAUUUACAAGGGAGCUCGGUCGGUCAGUCUGAUUCAGUUUCCAAAAUAUCGGAAAUAUCGCAAAUCAGAACCAUGAGCGUUAUUUCGGAGCCGAAUUCUGACUCACUGCAUAUAUUUGGAGUUUGAAAUUACGACUUUUUAUGCCGAUAAUAUAGCAUUUAGUGAAAACGUUAAUUAACCUAACCAAACAUGAGUUGGCAUACCCAAUCGUAACAUAGCAUAACAUAACAUCAUUAUCUCUAAAACGACUCAUGAGAGUAUACUGAUCAAAAAAUAUAAUACACCAUAAUAUCUUUAUUAUGAAAAUAGAAAAUGAAAAUAAAUAUGAAAAUAGGGGCAGAGAGAAAAUAUAAUGAAAAUAGG